AUGGGGGAUGUGGUUGUGGAGACUCGUGACAUCCUGGUUACUCUGGAUGUCAACAGUCUCUACACCAUUAUCCCUCACAACACUGGUCUUACAGCUACCAAAAGACACCUCAUUAAAAGUGAGCAAUUUGAGGGACCACCCAUUGACUUUCUCAUGACACUUAUGGAGUUCUGUCUUACCAUAGGAUUUAUAGAGAAAAAUAUAAACUGGUUACUACAACUUCUCAUAGACCUGAAAUGUUCCUUUGUUUAUACAGAUGUAAUGCUAGUAACUCUACUAGUAAUAGGACAUGGGGUAAUGUCUCUACCAAUAUGCCCAAAUGGAGGAACUAAUUGCCAGUUAUCUACAGGAGCCCUCUUUGACCGAGCAGUGAAACUUUCACACUAUAUACAUUCCCUCUCUUCUGAAAUGUUCAAAGAAUUUGAUCAACAGUUUACACCAAGCAGCAGGUUUUUUGAAAAGUCUAUAAUGAGCUGCCAUACCUCCUCACUGAAGACUCCAGAAGACAAGGAGCAGGCCCAACAGAUUCAACAUGAAGACUUGCUAAACUUAGUGCUUAGAGUUCUGAGGUCCUGGAAUGAUCCAUUGGUUCACAUGGUGUCUGAAAUACAAGACAUCAGGGAAGCACCAGACACUUUUAGAUGGAAAGCUGUAGAGAUUGAGGAACAAACAAAACGACUCCUGGAAGGAAUGGAAAAAAUUGUUGGAAGGAUUCAUCCUGGUGACCUAGAAAAUGAAGUCUACACACUUUGGUCUGGUCCUCCCACUGCGCACUUUGCUGAUGAGAAUGCCCGUCUCUUUGCAUUUUACAACUUACUUCACUGUCUUAACAGAGAUUCACAUAAGAUUGACAAUUACUUAAAAGUUUUAAAGUGUCGCCUUAUUCAUGACAGCAACUGUUAA